AUGAAGACGACGGCGAAGCGCGCGCGGGCGUCACUCGAGGAGCUCGUCAACUACUUCUUCGGGCUCAAGAGCCGCGUUUGCGACGUCCCGAUCUCGGUCGACUUUAUCAUUUGGCGCCAGAACCUCUCGCUCCUCUCGAUGCAGUCGGUGCUGCUCAAUGGCAUGCUCUACCACGAGUACCGCUUCUCGUUCUUUGUGUUUGCGUCCAUUUGGGUCGGUCGGUCGUUCCAUAACGCGCAGUACAACAAGAAGUUUGGGCCGCGUGGGAUCCUCUCGCACCUCGAGAAGCCGAUUAGCUUUCUCAAGAUGAACUUCAUCGUGAGCGUCAUGCUCAUCGCGUCGUUCAUCUGCCUUUUGCGGUCCACGCACGACAUGACCAACCUCGCGCUCACGGUCUUGCUGCCGUGCACGUGCAGCGUCGCAUUGGAUCGCUGGCGCCUCGACCCGCGCUACAAGACGCUUCUUGCACUCCUUUACAGCCUCGAAAGUGCGUAUUUUGUCUCGGUGGCGACGCUCGUCUUGGAGCGGAACCCGUACCUGAUCUACGACGCACCAUCGACGCGCGCCGUCAUGUACACGGCAGCCUUCAACAAUGUCAUGGGCUUCUUUGCCCGGUACUUUAUUGAGCACUACACGAUCCGGCAAGUCCAAGCCCAAGAACUCCACGGCUGGAAGCAGCUCCGCGAUACUGACGAUGCGACCGACGCUCCGAUGGCGUGGAGCCAAGGGACGUUGUACAAGGAGGCGGCGGUUGUGUCCCAUGGCGGCAAGCACUGGAUCGCCGUCGGUCGGCUGCAUGGCAACAUGGCCGAGCCCGGGUCGUGGCGCGACCGAGGGCAUGUGCUCUUGUGGCUCAAACCAUUCCGACUGCUGACGCUGCUCAUGUUUCUGCAAAUCUGCCAUGUCGUUGUGACUGCCAUCUAUGCGCUUUGCAGCGAUUCGUGGGUCAUCAUGGGGGGCAUGGUGUUUGUGAACGCCGAUUACAUGCAGCUACUCCACUCGAUCCGAUUUGCUGUGCUUGGCAAGACAGCGCGCAACGUCAUGAUGACGCGCCAGACGACGGCGGCGUUGCCCGCGACGCUGCAGACCGUCAUUGACCCGAACGUGAUUGCCAAUCAAACGAUUAGCCACAGCGGUCUUCCCGCGCUCUAA